AUGGAAAUUUUUGGCUCUUUACUUGCACCCAACUACUCUCCUACUUUCAAGAUAUGUGUCAUCUCUGUGACACCCCAAGAUGGCACAUAUGAUAUCAGAAAUUGGUAUGGAGGCUUAGGGGAGGAUGCCUCAGCAAGGAAAAACGAGUUUACAAUUGCCUUCCACUCCUCCCUAAACACCCAUGUGGAACAGAACCAGACCCUGUCGUGGAUAUGUGAGGGAAUUGUAAGAGCUGCAAAAGAGGCACAAAGCAAAUCGGCAAACAAUUCCGAGCUGUACAUCUUUUCACCACUUGGCAGCCAUUGGGCAGCGAAUCACUCAAGAAGGACAGCCUCGAUGGAUCUGGCCUUAAUUGAUGGGCAUACAGUGCAGAUCACAGAAGGGGCUACUUGUUACGGGGUAACAACAAAUCGAGAGAACUCUAUCGAGUUCGACGGAUUAGGAUAG